CAGAGAAUCACAAGGGGACCUCUCUCUUGUUUUCCUUUUCUCUGGCUUGUUAUUUUAACCUGGCGCUUUCAAAAACUAAAUCCAUUUUUUUUUCUCGUUAGCGCCACAUCGAAUUUAAAGCACAGCGCAGUUUCACAAUGCCACUUCUUUUCAGAAUAAACUGCUUUUAUCGUAAUUUUUCACCCGCACACCCUCGUCUUUUUUGUCAUCCACAGUGAAUUUAGCACAGGUCUGACCCAGUUUUAAGUGUGUUUGCCUUCACUGCACCCCAUGUGUUAGUGCGAGCCGCCGGUGGAGAUGUUUUCGGCAGGAGAGGAGGUUCAUUCCCAGUUGUUUACCUCACUGACGGAGUCCUCUGGAGCUGCAAUCUCCCCAACACUGGAGCUCAGUCUAACUACCGUCUACACCGUCCUCUACUGCCUCUUGUUUGUUUUCGUCUACCUGCAGCUCUGGCUCAUUUUGCACUACGGACACAAACGUUUCAGCUACCAGAGUGUGUUUCUGUUCCUGUGCUUGCUGUGGGCAGCGCUGCGGACGACGCUCUUCUCUUUCUACUUUAAAAAUGUGGUGCAGGCCAACCAGCUGCAGCCUCUGGCCUACUGGCUGCUCUACUGCUGCCCCGUCUGCCUGCAGUUCUUCACCCUCUGCCUGCUCAACCUCUACUUCACACAGGUGAUGUUCAAAGCUAAAGCCAAGUAUUCACCAGAACUCACAAAGUACAAGGUUCCCCUGCGUUUGUUCUUCCUGUGUCUCAGUAUAUUUUUCCUGGUGGUGAAUUUAACUUGUGCAUUGUUGGUGCAAGGAGCUCUAGAGCGCUCUGAAUCACCAAGUGAUGGGGGUGUCAGACAUGCAGUCUUGGCACGGGUCCUGAUCAAUGACAGUCUGUUUGUGCUGUGUGCCAUAUCUCUGGCUGUGUGCGUCUUCAAGAUCGCCAAGAUGUCAUCUGCCAACGUUUAUCUCGAGUCCAAGGGUACAUCGGUGUGCCAAGCGACAGCCAUCGGUGCCAUGGUGAUUCUCCUCUACACGUCCAGAGCCUGUUAUAACCUGGUGGUGGUGGCCCUUUCCCCACAGGACAGACUCAGUCCCUUUAAUUAUGGCUGGUACAGUGUUUCUGAUCAGGCUGAUGUACAGGAGAUCAGCGGUGAGACCUACAUCGUGUUUGGGAUCAUUCUGUUCUUCUGGGAGCUGCUGCCUACCAGCCUAGUUGUGGUUUUCUUUAGAGUCCAGAGACCCAACCAAAACCUGGCUCCAGGAGGUAUGAUCAACAGCCAUAGUUUCAGCUCCAGGGCUUAUUUAUUUGACAAUCCCAGGCGGUAUGACAGUGAUGACGACCUGUCCAGAAGCAUCAAUAAUAGGACUGAUCGGACCAGUCUACUGUCUACCACACCCCAAAUGGGAACAUCCACUUGGUAUGGCUCCAUACAGCGUAAUGCGCCUUUAGCAGCGGGCGUGGCGUCCGCCCAGCAGCCGCCAUCUUCCACUGCGCCCCUCCUUUUUGCCUACGGAAACAUCCAGAGUCACCAUCACCACCAUCACAACUACUACUCCACCCCGCAGAACAACUACCACCAUCACCAUCACAGUAACUACUAUUCCACGCCACAGAAUUAUCACUGCGGAUCACAGACGUAUUUCUGCACCCCACAAAAUUAAGCUGGAUCUGUCAUCAAGAUCAAAAAAAAAAAAAAAAAAACUGAUUACUAAUUCUGUGUUUUUUGUCAGCUUUCUGCUUAACCGACGGCAUCAUAGCUUGUACUUGUACAAAACUGUUUCUCUGGACCUAGUUGUACAUAAAACUUGGGUCACUAAAUAAUUCUGGAGAAAUAUGGAGGUAUAAAUGACGAAAAAGUUGGCACACCAUGACUACAUGCUUUUUGGGGCCAUCUUUGAACAGGGAACACCAUUCGCAGCACUAGUGGCUAAGAUGCAUUAAAAAAUAUAUAUAUUAUUUUAGUCAAUUUCUGAGAUUGGAACCAUCAAUGACCAGAAAAAUCAUCGUUCUCAUCAACCUUUUUUCUCUUUCCUGGUAAAUUCCACUCAAACACCAUGGAAGGUACAUUUCUGCACUAAGCUAAAGUGGCUAAUCAUGAAGCUGCAACAGCGUGUCAGCGAAGGGUUCAGGAUUUAUAAUAUCAAAUUGUUGUUUGGGUCAUUCGACCAUUUGUAAUAGAAAUAUAAAAAUACAAGAAUUUUAUUUGGCAAUAAAGUCUAAGUUGGGGAAAGUGCACUGUAGGUGGGCUCUUUCAGGAGAACACUGUUCUACAGUUCAGUAUUGAGUUAUCACACGCAUUAACCCUUCUUUGCAUCUUUCUCAAGGUACAGUAUUUAAGAAUGAUAUCAAAAUGGCUACGUAAACACAACAAAAAUCAGUCAUCAACUCUAGCUGGUCACUGGAGACGAGGGCAGCGACCGGGGGGAAAAUGUUGUUUUGUGCGCUUGCCACUGUUUACUAAUGCAGUUACUUUUUAAGAAGAUAAAGCUAAUAAAAAGUUAAAUUAUCAUUCUUUGUUUUGUUUGCUACCCGGAUUGAGCCUAAUCAAGUAGAACUGAUCAGUGCUAUGCGGCUUACUAAUGGACUACAAACGGAAACCAGGAAUCUCUUAAGCUUACAGAUUUCUGUGUAUUCAGAAAUUUGUUUAGAGAUUAGUUCCCACAAUUCAGAUCUGGGGAUGUUCUUCACAGUCCCCUUAUGCUAUACAGAGUGCCCUUGUAGAAUGCCCUUGGGAACAUCCAACCCUUUGUCGUAAUACCAUUAUAAGCUAUGCCAUAGAAAUCUAACCCUGGGAACACAGGGUCUUCUUGUCUAUGAAACUAAAUUAUGUGCUUCUGCAAAGGAGCUUCUCAGUGUGGUUGUGACAGGAAAUAACUUUUGCUAAUUUGCCAGCAGAUGCUGAUGCAGCGAGUGCUAGGUUAUAGCCAGCGCUGACGCUUUCUUAAUCCGUUUAGCCAAGAAAAUCAGCUGAGGCCCAGAAAAAUCAAAACAUAUGAAGCUAAUGAUGUGUUAAGUCAAAGGCAAAUUAUUACCUUGGUUCAGGUGUUUUGGGAAAAUCUACCACGCAAACAGAAAGCUGUCAACAAGCUUUAAGCUGCUGAAUCGCUCCUUUGCUGGCGUGUAAUGUUGGAUGUGACAAAUAAGUUUACAAUUCUUAGAAAAUCCUGCUACAUUUAAAAGGUCAUUUUUGUAAUUGCCCUCUGCAAAGUUAAACCAGCACUUUCACCACCGGGGGGGGGGGGCGUAAUUUUGCCAAUGAGUGUGUUGAAUUAUGUUCAUAUUUCUUUUUUAGCCAUACCCUCAUUUUCUCAGGAGGCUUUGCCUUUCUUUAGAUUGCCAUUAAAAUGGGUGUGUACUUAAUGACUUGCCUGGUUGACUCGGUGCACCCUCUUGUGUUUCAUAUUGGUAUGACAUCAAAGUAUGGCCCAGCCCUAAUUCAACUCAGGUGAUAUUGCUUCAACACAAUUCAGACGAUGUGGACAUGAAGUCAUAGAUUGACUCUUCAUGGCUUAAGUUAACUUUGGAAGGGUUUAAUGAUUUUUUUUUUUUUAUUAAAUGCAGGAAUUUACAAUAGCUGCAUUUUUAAGAUCUGCUUGGCUUCUAGAACAUGCCAUUGCUGAUGUUGGAUAAAAAUAUUUAACGGCUACAUCCAGGCAUGCUUGGACAAACUUACAUGGACAUUCGUGAAGAUGUAAGACUAGAGCCCAAAUGCUAUCACAGAUUCUUGUGGGUGCACACACUGUCAAGAAUUAUCAAUAUGUGGCCUACAUCCAGGUUAACUUGGCCCUUAGGCUGUUCGUUAGGAAGUGAAAGUUUCGGUGAAAAGUGACCAAAAACUCCUUAAGGCACCUAAUUCUUUGAGCUGUGAGGCAACAUUUUGCACUUAGAAAAGGAGUUCACCUUCAGAAGAAAAAUGUAGGUUUUUCUCCUCCUACCUUGUAUUUUCUGCAGUAAUCAUCUGUAUUCUAUAUUUUACUAUUUAUCCUUUUAAAAAAGGAAAUCAAUGUGCCAUCACAUUUUGUCAUAUCUAAUAGUUUCAUUCCUUACGGAAAAUACUUUUGCACAAAAAAAAAAAAAAAAAGGUUGAAUGAUGUCUGCUGUUAAUCGUGUGUCCAAGUUAGUUCAUUUCUAAUUCAUGUGUGUUAAGUGAUAGGUUGAUUCUGUGUGUGUGUGAUCUUAUGCUUUUAUACGUUAGUGGUUUGUUCUACAUUCAUUUUUACUGUCUAACAGAUUAUCCACUUUCCUUCUGCCCCCAUCAUCAUUUCUCAAAUGUUCCAAAUCUCAUAACAGACUACAGGUGUUGCAUUUCACUUCCCCAGACCAGAAUCCCUUCAUCUGUACUACACACCAAAAAAAAAAAAAAAAAAAAAAAAAAGCUCUCCAUGUGUUUUGGGAAUACACUUCAACAGACUUCAGCUGUCAUGAAAGUCGACCUGUAAAUGAUCAUGUGAACUUCAUACCAACAAAGAAAAAAAGCAAGACUGUGAACACGUUUGGUUGAGUUUCAUGGAACAAAUUACCAGUAAAACCAUUUAAACUGCAGUUCAUGCUUUCCAUUGCUUUAUCAAUGCGUUUUACUGGACAUUCUGAAACGCAAUGAAGGAAGUGAAGUUCUUAUUUUUGGGUCCAGUUGUUCAUCUGCAGAGCAGAAUGCAUGUUUCUGUAUCAGAGCGCGACAACUCAGUAUCAUAUUUUCUUUUCCAGGUGUUAAUAUUUGUGUAAAAAUGGUAUUUGCUCUUCCUGCUACAAAAAUGCAGCGAUAACUGUUUAUGUUUAUGAAUUGUUUCAUCUGUGGCCAUACUGAAUGUAAUCUACUGUGCAGCAGAUCACUAAUGAUGUAUGCAAGACAAACACUACCAUGUUUAAAUAAAGGCC